UGAUGGCGUUGGGGAGCAUCCAACACAGGCUCUUCUUGACGUCUUCACCAUCCGCGAGGAAAUCGGUACAGUAAACGGGCUUACCAUUACAAUGGCGGGUGACCUUAAAAAUGGCCGGACCGUGCACAGCUUGGCUCGCCUAUUGUGUCUCUACAAUGUUACUCUACGUUAUGUGCCUUACCAAGCGGACUUGGCCAUGCCGAAAGAGAUAGUCGAGUACGUAGCUAAGCAUGGCAUUCGCCAGGAGGUAUUUACACGGUAA